CUGAGGGGGGAUGCUUCCAUCAUGGCGUCAAUGCAGAAACGACUGCAAAAAGAACUGUUGGCUUUGCAAAAUGACCCACCUCCUGGGAUGACUUUAAAUGAAAAGAGUGUUCAAAAUUCAAUCACACAGUGGAUUGUAGACAUGGAAGGUGCACCAGGUACCUUAUAUGAAGGGGAAAAAUUUCAACUUCUGUUUAAGUUUAGUAGUAGAUAUCCUUUUGACUCUCCUCAGGUCAUGUUUACUGGUGAAAAUAUUCCCGUUCAUCCUCAUGUUUAUAGCAAUGGUCAUAUCUGUUUAUCCAUUCUAACAGAAGAUUGGUCCCCAGCGCUCUCAGUUCAAUCAGUUUGUCUUAGCAUUAUUAGCAUGCUUUCCAGCUGCAAAGAAAAGAGACGACCACCAGAUAAUUCUUUUUAUGUUCGAACAUGUAACAAAAAUCCAAAGAAAACAAAAUGGUGGUAUCAUGAUGAUACUUGUUGAUGCCACUGUUAACAUCCUCCUAGCCGAAGAUAGUCCUACUGAGAAAAUGAGCACUUUGAUCAUUCAGUCUUUGAACUUUAACCUUUGACUGGAAGUGACCUAUAGGCAAUGAAGACUACUUCCUUUUACUGCAUUUUUUACUCGUGUGCAUUCUGGGCACAUGUUGAUCGCUUGUUCAGUCCAGGCAACUGACAUGCUUUAUUAGUCAUACAGUAUUAAUGCAGGUGUCAGGAAAUGUCAAAUAUAAUUCCAUUUUUAAUUUUUAUUUUUGUAAGCUUUUGGAAAAGUUCCAGGUCCUCAUGUAUUGUGCAAUAAUAACAAUGACUUCCUUGGUGGUUUUGGGAUGUUCAUUGCCGGCAAUGGACGUUAUAACAGGAAAAAUUUUCAUUAACUCCUGCCACCCAAUGAUGAGUGCAUAAUAGGGCCUAUGAAACGAACUUAUCGGUUAUAAUGGGAUUAUAAAUAAAGUGUGGGAUCCAACAUUUCUCUGGAAAGUUACCCCAACUCUUUGUAUUUGGAUUCUAUGCACUGUGAUCCUAAGGUUAACAGCAUGAAUUAACAUGCAUCUUUAAAGGACUGUAAUGAAAGAUCAUUGCAUAUUUAUUGAAUUGUUUAUAUCUGCUGUCAAAUUGUUUUGACAUUGAAAGUUUCAGAUGACAUUAGCAGAGAGGUACAAUAUGUUAUCCCUAUGGUGAAAAUAAAUUCAUUUGUUGUAUAUAAUUAAAUCCUCAAUCUCUGAAGCAAA